GUGCUAGAAGGAGCUGUAUAGAUAGAGACCCUUGCUUACUUCACCUCCUUCCCUUUCUUCCUUCAUUAUCUCUCUCAUUUUCUUCUUCUUCUUCUUUGUUGCAAGAAGCUAAGAUAAGAGAAAUGGGAAAUUGCCAAGCUGUGGAUGCUGCAGUGCUUGUGAUCCAGCACCCUUGUGGGAAGAUAGAGAGGUUGUAUUGGCCAGUCACAGCAAGUGAAGUCAUGAGAACCAACCCAGGUCACUAUGUGUCUUUGAUAAUACCAUUGCCUGUGCAACCACAUGACCAAAACCAAGACCAUAAAACGGUGCGUUUCACCCGUGUUAAGCUUCUUAGGCCUAAUGAGACUCUCAAUCUUGGCCAUGCUUAUAGGCUCAUCACCACUCAAGAGGUUAUGAAGGUGUUGAAAGCAAAGAAACAUGCAAAGACAAGAAAGCCACAAGGAGAGACACUUGAGAAGAUGCAUACAGUGCAGAUGGAGAAGCAGGGUUCAGCUAAUGAGACACAAGCAGAAGGGGAGUCUGACCCUGGAAAGACAAAUCAGGGAAUGGGAGCAGAGAGACAAAGACUAAGGGUGCCUUCAGGAAAUCCUGCUGUACUGAGGUCAAAAUCCUGGCGCCCCUCUUUGCAAAGCAUUUCAGAGUCCACAAGUUGAUUGGUGCAAAGUUGUGGCAUGCAUAGUGGCCCAUAGAAUGUUAUAUGAUUGCCUCUAUAGUGUCAGAUGUUCGUCCUGGAUUAUUCAUGUUACAUGGGCAUGGAAAUUCAACAGAGGUUUGAACCAAGAUUUUAGAUUUCUCUUCCAUCACUAAUCACACCCUCAACAGCAAAACCAUGCUCAAGUGGUAACAUGUUUGUAUAGCACCAACAAGAAGAAUAAGAAAAGACAGAAAAAAUAGAGUAAUGAAUGUAAAAAUCUAUUAGAGUGAGUUUUGUGAUUGAUAUAGUUACAGCAGCAUCCACACCUUUCUUUUAGUUAUUAGAUUUAGCAAAUGAGCAAUUCCUACGGACAACUUGAAGAGAACUUUUUUAUUGCAAAAAAAGAAAAGGAAAAAAAAAACAUGAAGGGGAAAUAAUUAAUAUUAGUUGAGUUCCAAAGUUCCAAGUCCAUACUAACAUAAUUUUGACCCAUAAUGUUGAUGCUCUUGCAGCCAGAAUUGCUGCUAG